UUCAACUUGGUCAGCCUACAUGCUCGAAUACCUUGCCAGUUUAGUGGUUAAUGGCACCAAGACUUCAUCUACCUUCAAGAUGGUUCACUAUAAUGGCUGUGCAAAGGCUCUCCAAGAGAAAUUUGGCAUUGUGCGCACUGGUGAGCAGGUUAAAAAUCAUCUUAAGACAUGGCAAAAGAAGUUUCAUAAAAUAUGUGACCUUCGUGGUUUGAGUGCUGCUAAUUGGGAUGAAGAUACCUGCACUAUAACUCUUGAUGAUGAGCACUACAACAAUCAUAUUAAGGAUCACAAGUCUGAUGUUGAUUUUCUGAACAAGCCUAUUCAACACUUUGAGGAGAUGAACACAAUAUUUGGAAGUACCAUGGCUACAGGCAAGUUUGCAAAGGACUCAAGUGCACCUCUAGGUACAGAGGAUGGCGGUGCAGAGGAUUGUGAGGCCGAGGAAACAGGAAAGAGUGAUGGGGAUGCUAUUGCCAAUGAAGGCAACAAUGGGGCAACAUCAUCUGCAAGCAAGACCAGCAAGAUUGGCAAGACCAACAACAGCAAGAAGAGCAACAAGAGGUUGAGGCCUGAUGUUGAUCCUUUGGUUGCUGCAAUUAAUAGAGGAAGUAACAAGAUAGCCAAGGCGAUAAAGGAAGUGGGCAAAUCAGACAAUGAUGUGCCCUCAGAUUUGUUUGACAACUUGAUGGCUUUCAAUGGUAGUUUCAAUGAGACUCACUUAUCCUUCUAUUAUGCCCAUUUGGUCUCCCAACCUCACAUAGCUAGAGCUUUCAACCGCCUGCCUUUUGACCAUAAAUUAAACUGGGUUGCAAAGUAUAUUGCCGAAAACUACUCUGGGCAAUAAGGGUAAGUUGUAGGCAUGGGAUGGUUCUUUUGUUAGUACCACAUAGAACUUUAUAUUUGUGGUCUAAGUAAGCUUGUAUCGUGCUAUGUGGAGGCCUUGAACUUGAUAUAUAUUGUAAAAGGCUUGAACUUGAUACAUCGUGCAAGCAUAUGACAUGCUACUGUAUGUAAUGUGCCUAUGGAUAUGACCUAGGGCAGUUCAAAUGUUCUACAGAGUACUUGUCUCUGGAGGAAGUGAAGCCUGUUGUUCAUGAAAAAUGCAGAGUACUUUUUUUUUAUGUUAGAGUAAGACGCAAAGAUAUACUGCACAAGCCUAAUUUCUUGAAGUGUUUUAUACAA